AUGAGCAAGACUACUACUGCUGCUGCGGCUGCCAAGCCUGUGGACUACACGCUCGCCAAUCCGGAUACUCUCACGAAAUACAAAGUUGCCGGAGAGAUCAGCACAAAAGUUCUUGAGCAGAUCAAGCAACUGCUGGUUGCUGAUGCCCGCAUCAUUGACAUUUGUAAAAAAGGGGAUGAACUGCUGAACGAGGCUUGUGGCAAGGUGUACAAGGGCAAGAAUGUCACCAAAGGUGUUGGAUUCCCUACCUCCAUUUCAGUCAAUCACGUCGCUGCUCACUUCAGUCCGCUUCCUUCCGAUUCAGAAGCCUCAAAGCAACUCGCAGAUGGUGAUUUGGUAAAGAUCUCUCUCGGUGCUCAGAUUGACGGCUUUGGGGCCAUUUUGGGUGACACCAUCGUGGUUGGUUCCUCUGACAUCGUGGGCAAAAAAGCCGAUGUUAUGCUGGCCGCACAUCUGGCGUCUGAGGCGGCUAUUCGCCUGAUCAAACCCGGCAACAAGAAUUGGGAUGUGACGGAUGCUGUGCAGAAGAUCGCGGAAGCCUUUGGCUGUCAGCCAUGCGAGGGCAUCUUGUCGCACAACCAGGAGAGAAAUGUGGUUGAUGGUAAGAAGGAGAUUAUUCUCAACCCAAGUGAGAACGUCAAGAGGGAAACCCACUCUUUUGAGCAAGGCGAGGUAUACGGAGUUGACAUUCUCGUGUCCUCUGGCGAUGGCAAGGUGAAGAAGGUCGACUCACGAACGACCAUUUUCAAACGAGCUGCUGAUUUGAAGUAUUCUCUUAAGAUGCCCAGUUCACGAAAGACGCUUUCAGAGAUUGACAAGACAUUCGGAGCCUUCCCAUUCACGCUCAGGUCUCUCGGUGACGAGAAAGCCGCACGCAUUGGUGUCAUUGAACCGCAAAAGCAUGGAUUGCUCCUGGCCUACGAAGUCUUCGAAGAGAAGCCGGGCGAGUUCGUCGCUUUAUUCCACACAACUAUUGCUCUCGGUCCAAGCGGCACCAUCAAGCUCGCCGGACCAGCACCUGUAGACACUGAGAAGCUCAAGAGCGAUAAGAAGCUUGAGGAUGAGGAACUCCUUAAGCUCAUCACCGCGCCACUCAAGGCUGCAAAGCUCAAGAAGAAGAAGUCGCCUGCAGCGGCGGACUCCGCAGAAGCAGUCACUGAGGCAUAG